CACGCCGAACGCGGAUGUGAAUCACACUGAAUCAAAUGAACCAGAAGAUCCGGAUCCACACAGGGAAAUAUUCGCGAAUGCUCGCAUAAUACACCGAACACUCGUGUGUGAAGGAUGCGAGAACCCGAGAUAGUGACCGGGGACGUCAAAUCCACCGAGCGAGAUGCUGAGGAGGCAGUGGAGAGCGGGCUGAUCCUGGACGAUGGAGUCCUGUACUCGGAGGACUGGAGCGUCGAGCCGCGCUGUAGUUUGAAUGACAGCGAGCCCGAGGAGGUUCUGAACGCCAUCAACCCGAACGAGAUGUACACGUCAGCGCUGUCCGAGAGCGACAGUGGCCUGUCUGAGGACCAGUCCGACGAGCAGAACCACAGCGUGUAUCAGGUGGUGUAUGACAUCAGCGGUGUGGGCGGAGCCAGCGCAGAGCAGCAGCCGCCACAUAUGAUCUCCAUAGAGCUGGAUGAGUGGAGCUCUCAGAUGCUGCUGUCGGAGUCGUGUGUGGUCAACGAGCUGGUGUCGUCUGUGAAGGUGGAGAAUGUUUCCACUCAUGACAUGCAAAACAUGCACAACCCCGACAGCUUUUUGGUUUAUCCUGAUCUUCAGCUCACAGACGAGGAGCAGAAGCUCCUGGAUCAGGAGGGAAUUUCUCUGCCCAAUAAUCUGCCUUUAACAAAGGCCGAGGAGAGAAUCCUGAAGAAAGUGAGACGGAAGAUCCGGAACAAACUCUCGGCUCAGGACAGUCGCAGGAGGAAGAAGGAGUAUAUCGACGGUCUGGAGAGCAGGGUGGCAGCUUGUUCAGCUCAGAAUAAAGAACUGCAGAGAACUGUCAACCAGUUGGAGAAACACAACAUGUCUCUUAUGGCGCAGCUGCAUAACCUGCAGGCGUUGAUCAAGCAAACGGCCUCGAAAGCGGCGCAGACGAGCACAUGCAUCCUGAUUCUCGUCUUCUCUCUGGCUCUGCUGAUCUUCCCGAGUUACAGUCCGUUCAGCAGGAGUUCCCCGUCACUGGAGGAGAGUUACGCUCCGUCCGGCGUCCUGUCCAGAAACAUCCUGAAUGACGCGGGCUCUCUGGCGCUCCUGGAGGAUCCGCCGGUCCCAGAUCCCACAGAACUGAAGCUGUCAGGCUCGGACUGGCCCUCAGAUGCGCAGUCUCAGUCGCAGUCGCAGGCAGAAGAGCAGAGGAACGGCACCAGCGCAGACACACUCCUGUCUCUAUCGGCUCCUGCAGACGCAGACACACUCCUGUCUGUGUCUCUAACGGCUCCUGCAAACGCAGACGCAGUCGCAGCCACGCAGACGCAUGCAGACGAGAUGUGACCCUCUGUUAGAUACGGUUCUAUGGAGUCAAUUUUGUGCCAUAAUUAAAGGGGUGGUUGAUUAUAAUUUCA